AUGCAUCGGCAUGCCAAUGAGCUCGCCAAAGCGCUCUCAAGGAGACGCAAGGACGUUCCCCGACGACCUAUUAUCUUCGUGGCGUACGAUCUAGGAGGUAUCAUCCUCAAAUGGACGUUAGCCAUGUGCCACAAACAAGAUGUGGAAUCCAAAUACGACCUCCGGAGUAUCCUGACUUCCACUCAAGUAAUCCUCUUCUUCGGAACCCCGCACGCUGGGAGCCAUAUCACCCUUCUCGACGCAGUCGGUCGCUUGGCUUCGAUAUACAUGGACACAGCCGACAUUGCCCUAGAGGACCUCUUGUCUCAUUCUUACGAACUUGAGAAAUUGCAGAGUCGAUAUACGGAGGCAAGUGCAAGGUUCAACAGCAUAAUCUUCUACGGAGAGGAUUCGACUACAGGACUAAAAGCUCUGUGCGACUCCGGGGUGAUCAUUGGUAAUCGCAAAGAGACCUUGAUUGCACUCCAUGGCGAUCACCGUAAUCUAGUCAGGCUCACAGCUAAAGCCAAUGGCGACUACGAAACAAUUCUUCAUCAUCUCAGCAACUACUUCAAUAAUGCACUUGUAGCAGUGAAGAAGAAGUGGAAUGAAGAGGACCAUUCUCGCAGUGCUGCAAAGGUAGAGCCAGCGUCUGAGGAUAUCAUGUUACCAAAGCCUCUUCCCCCUGUCUCGAGAAGCUACAUCGACUUCAAUCGCGUAAUUUUUGUGGAUGCUUCUAAUCAAGACCAGUUGGAAGUGGAUUUGCAACGGUCAAUUCGGUGCUUAGGACCCGAGUACAGCAGGGUGACUUGGAAGGAUGCGGUGGCGUACCUUGAUGGCAAGGAGAAGGAAUGGCUGCUCUUCAUCGACAAUGCCGACUCACCCGAACUCGACCUCCGUCCAUACCUCCCUAAUUCGACUCAUGGGGCAGUUCUAAUAGCAACAAGAAAUGGCCAGUGCGUCAACUACGCACCUGACGGCGCGGUUCCCGUUGGCGAUCUUGAGGAGAAUGAGGCAAUGGACCUCCUUCACACAACUGCCAAUGUGUCACCUACAUCCGAUACCGAGUCUCUAGAGAUUGUGAGAGAGCUGGGGAUGUUGGCGCUUUCGAUUACUCAGGCGGGAGUUUAUAUUCGCAAGACCUGGCGCAUCGAUACAUACCUCAAGACGUUUCGUAGGCAUCGAGGUCGACUUCUGCGAGAGCAGCUAGAUAUCGGCUCCGAGUACACAUCGCCGACUUACACGGCGUUCGAUCUAUCGUUCCACCAAUUACCGGAAAAGCCGCAGGGGUUCCUAAAGUUAUGCGCAUUUCUCGACCACUCGCUCAUUCCAACUAUGCUCUUUAAACGCUCCACAACGUCUGGCUUCACCACGUACACAGUCCUGGAAAACCACUCCCCACCGGAGAGUGACAAGAAUUACAUCUUAACGCUUCGGAAUAUUUUUGGGGGGACAUGGGAUGAGGUCGAAUUCCAGGAUAUCGUUGACUCGGCGUCAAAAGCGUCGUUUAUCGAUGUUUCGAUGGAUGGCUUAUUCUACACUGUUCAUCCUCUACUUCAGAUCUACAUCAAGGAUUCCCUUGGUGAAGCGGCUAACGAGCAUUAUUGCCGCGUGACGGCACAACUCGUGCUAGGCGCUAUUCGCCCACCUGAUGGAAGCAAUGCUGAGCUUUGGCAACUGAUUGCUCAUGCCAAUAGCAUCCCUCGUUCAGCGCAAUCGGAGGAUGUGGCACACGCAUUGGCAUUCUGUGCUCUUUAUGAUUCGUUAGGGAACUGGACGGCAUGUCGGGAGCUAUUAGAAUCUGCCCUCACACUGCUUCAAAGAACUCAAGACUCAGAUAACGAGGACUGGACGCCGCAGAGAAGAUACAACGAGACGUACUUGCUCAACAAUUUGAAAUUUCGGACGAAACAUCCCGAAACCAUCAUUGCAACGAACGAUCUUGCUGCUACUUUGCUUGAUCGUAGUCAGUUGGACGAAGCAGAAAGGAUACUACGAGACGUGCUCGCUCUGUGGCUGGAGAUCUCUGGGCUACCGCAUCCUGACACCAUCCUGGCAAGAAACAACCUCGCAUCAAUCUUGUUUGAUCGAGGUCAAUUGGAUGAGGCCGAAAAGAUGCAGCGAGACGUGCUCACUCUGCAGCUCGAGAUCAGCGGACCACGGGACUACGAGACCAUGAUAGCAAUGAACAAUCUUGCGUUAAACUUGCGGUAUCGUGGUAGAUUGGACGAAGCGGAGGAAAUGCAGCGACACGUCCUCAAUCAGCGGCUCGAGAUCCUUGGACCACGACAUCCACACCCUCGACGUGACACACGACCUCUCCAGAACACUGUAUCACCGCGGCAAGCUCGAAGAGGCUCUACAGCUCCUAGAAGAAACAAUGGAACUACGUCGCGAGAAUUCAUCAAAUCCGCCCAAUCCGGUAGUAGUUUGUAG